AUGGUGUCGUGUAGCUGGAGUCUGCUAGCUCUAAUGCUGGCCCUUGCCACUGCAGCCCCGCCCCAGGUAAAGGCCCUGUUCAACAGCUCGGCACGUCUGCACUGCCAACCGCCCCUAGGCUUUGUCGACGAGUAUACAGCCUCGGUUCACGAGGUCACCGCCAUGAAGUUCCUCGACAGCAAUCGCAUCAUUUUCGGUACAUUGGCUGCUGUCGUUGCCGUUGCCGUCGGCGUCGGCGGCGUUAUGGGUGUCCCCCAUCACCGCCUGGCCCCAAUGCUUAUGCCCGCACUCAUUUGCACACGCCAGCGUGUGGGCACGCUUGUCAUUGGCGACGUCAGCCAAACACCAAUGCCCCGAGCGACCUACAUGUCCAUACCCAACGUGGAUUCGGGCUAUGAGCGUGGUCUGCUUUCGUUUGCGUUAGACCCCGACUUUCCAAAUCAGCCCUACCUCUACAUUCUCUAUUCACACGCCCAGGACAAGCGCUACCGCCUCUCCCGCUUUACCCAUGAAGAGAAUGGCGGCCUUGAUGCCCGGGGCUCAACUGCCUCAGAAGUGAUUUUGUGGGAGGAUCCUGACAUUGCAUACAAUGCCAACGGCGAUCUCGAUUGGCCUGCACCUUUUCAUUACGGCGGCGAGGUGGUCUUUGAUAAUGACGGAUACAUCUACCUUACUCUGGGUGACAAGUACAACGAAUAUCUUGUUCAACAGCCCCACACUGCGGCUGGCAAGGUCAUUCGCAUCAAUAAGGAUGGAUCUUUCCCAUCCUCCAACAUGGGUGUACAAACAGCGGGCAUGUAUGACGGCGUGUAUGCUGUCGGCAUUCGCAAUGGCUACCGUGCCUUUUUCGAUUCACCCACGGAGCGGUUUUUCGUAUCGGAGGUUGGCAGCAACGAUUGGAAUGUGGCGAUGGAGGAUGUGCACAUCAUUCAAGCCAACAAAAACUAUGGCUGGCCGAUGUGCGAGGGCGCAUGCGACAACCCUGACUUUGCCCAGUCGUGCGACUGCUCUUUGCACGAGAGCGCCAUUUAUAGCUAUGCUCACUAUGGCGACGAGGCUUGCAUUAUUGGAGGCUUUGUUAACUGGGCUAAUCAGUUCCCCCAAGAAUACCAGGGUGCCUAUUUUUUUGCCGACUAUGCGCAAGGAUGGAUGAAAUACUUGACCUUUGACCCGCCCACGAGCACCAACGUCAAGGAGGUGGUGCUCUUCAAUUCAGAUACAGGAACCGUCAUUGACAUUGAGCAAGCUCCAGAUGGCUCGUUCUACUACGCAACCCUGAAUGAUAUCCGCCACGUGUUCUACGAGUUGGGCAAUCACGCCCCCGUGGUGCACUCGGUCAGCUCGACUGAUCCCACCAGCAAGCACGAGCCACUGGAGGUGCAAUUCAGCGUAGACGCUUCAGACGCUGAUGGCGAUGCCCUGGCCUACACCUGGUAUUUUGGCGAUGGUACAACUUCAAGCGAGCAGAAUCCGAGCAAGCUUUAUUCGGAGACAGGCCAAUUUCGGGCGUUCGUGGUGGUCUCAGAUGGCGACGCAUCCACCACAUCUGAGUUUAUUGACAUUCGUGUCGGCAAAUUGCCCAAGGUCAAGCUGCGCAAGCCUGAUGACGGUUAUCUCUUCAAGGCCGGCGAGAAGAUUAAGUUUGUGUGCCGUGGCAAGAAGGGCGGUGAGAAGAUUGGCAGCAAGAAGCACAGUUGGGAAGUGGUCAUGGUCCAUGGUGACCACACGCACCCAGCAGCCACGGAUGACGAUCGCAAAGUAAAGAUUUUUAUUCCCGAAACUGGGCAUGGCUUUAGUACCGAGGUGUACUAUCGUGCGACCUGCUCUGUCAACGACAACGGCUUGGUGGCCACCAACACGCUCAAUAUCUACCCAGACGAGGUGGACAUUACGCUAGCAACCAGUCCUCCUGGCAUGGUUGUUGCACUGGAUGGCGGGCCCAAGUCGACGCCCUACACGUUUGAUCAGGUCAAGCUGUUCAAGCACACGUUGCUGGCCGAGCCGGCUCGGUGCUUGAACGAUGUCAUGUAUACCUUCCAAGGCUGGGCAGAUGGCGUGAAUACGGCCGAGCGUAACAUUGUGGUACCUGACAACGACAUCACCUACACUGCUUUGUAUGCAGCUGGCGAAUCCUGCACCAGCGGGAAGAGCUGCAUGAACACGUGCAACAUUUAUGUCGAGUCGGAUGCCUGCCAGUGCGAUGCAGCAUGCUCCAGCUAUGGUGAUUGCUGCUACGAUUAUGACACGUGGUGCUCGUCAACCUCGCGUCGGCGCUCCAUCAGCGCAGUGUCCAUGGCCGAACGCCACGCAUAUGCCGGUAAGAUCGAACAGCCUGUGACUGAGCGUGGGGAUAUCUGA